UUCUAAUCUGAUUAUGGAUUUGGGAGAAAGGUUACUCUACAUACAAAGGGGAAACUGAAAGGGCAGACAGUCCUCAGGCACGAUGCCAUUUUGCCACAAUAUAAUCAAUAUUUCCUGUGUGAAAAGCAACUGGUCAAAUGAUGUCCGGGCUUCCCUGUACAGUCUGAUGGUGCUUAUCAUUCUGACCACACUGGUCGGCAAUCUGAUAGUUAUUAUUUCCAUAUCGCACUUCAAGCAACUUCAUACCCCGACCAAUUGGCUUAUUCAUUCCAUGGCCACUGUAGACUUUCUGCUGGGGUGCCUGGUCAUGCCUUACAGCAUGGUGAGAUCAGUGGAACACUGCUGGUAUUUUGGAGAUGUCUUCUGUAAAAUUCACACCAGCACGGACAUUAUGUUGAGCUCAGCAUCCAUUUUCCACUUGUCUUUCAUUUCUAUUGACCGCUACUAUGCUGUGUGUGACCCAUUGAGAUAUAAGGCCAGAAUCAGCAUUUUCGUUAUUAUUGUCAUGAUCUUCAUCAGUUGGAGUGUCCCUGCUAUUUUUGCAUUUGGAAUGAUCUUUCCAGAGCUGAACCUCAAAGGAGUCGAAGAGCUGUAUUGCAAACAUGUUCACUGCAUCGGAGGUUGUUCUGUCUUCUUUAGCAAAGUAUCUGGGGUCUUGGCCUUUAUGACUUCUUUCUAUAUACCUGGAUCUAUUAUGCUGUGUGUCUAUUAUAGAAUAUAUUCAAUUGCUAAAACACAGGCAAGAUCAAUUCAUGAUGCAAACCAGAAGGUUCAAAUUGGAUUGGAAGAGAAAAAUGGAAUUUCACGAAGCAGAGAAAGGAAAGCUGCGAAGACAUUAGGGAUUGUGAUGGGAGUUUUCCUAAUAUGCUGGUGUCCUUUCUUUGUCUGCACGGUUAUGGAUCCUUUCCUGGACUACACUAUUCCACCCGUUUUGAAUGAUGCAUUGAUUUGGUUUGGCUAUUUGAACUCUACUUUUAAUCCAAUGGUUUAUGCUUUCUUCUAUCCCUGGUUUAGAAAAGCACUGAAGAUGAUUCUAUUGGGUAAAAUUUUUCAAAAAGAUUCAUCUAGGUGUAAACUAUUUAUAAACUCAAAUCCAUAG